CAGGUUGGAAAAGAGACUGUGCAGACAACAGAAGACCAGAUCUUGAAAAGGGAUAUGCCACCAGCAUUUAUCAAAGUGGAGAAUGCCUGCACCAAACUUGUUCGGGCAGCCCAGAUGCUGCAAGCAGAUCCUUAUUCAGUACCAGCUCGUGACUAUCUAAUUGAUGGAUCAAGAGGCAUCCUUUCUGGAACGUCAGACUUACUUCUGACAUUCGAUGAAGCGGAGGUCCGUAAAAUCAUCCGUGUCUGCAAAGGAAUAUUGGAAUAUCUGACUGUGGCGGAAGUAGUAGAAACUAUGGAGGAUUUGGUGACAUACACAAAGAAUCUAGGGCCAGGAAUGACAAAGAUGGCCAAAAUGAUUGAUGAGAGACAACAGGAAUUAACUCAUCAGGAACAUAGGGUUAUGCUGGUAAACUCCAUGAAUACCGUGAAGGAGCUAUUGCCAGUACUUAUUUCAGCUAUGAAGAUUUUCGUAACCACGAAAAAUUCUAAAAGCCAGGGAAUAGAAGAGGCAUUGAAAAAUCGCAAUUUCACAGUGGAGAAAAUGAGUGCUGAGAUAAAUGAAAUAAUCCGUGUAUUACAACUCACUUCCUGGGAUGAAGAUGCCUGGGCGAGCAAGGACACUGAAGCCAUGAAAAGAGCUUUAGCCUUAAUAGAUUCAAAGAUGAACCAGGCAAAAGGUUGGCUGAGAGAUCCAAAUGCACCUCCAGGGGAUGCUGGUGAGCAAGCAAUAAGGCAGAUCCUUGAUGAAGCUGGAAAAGCAGGAGAACUGUGUGCAGGCAAAGAACGCAGAGAGAUUCUGGGAACAUGCAAAACGCUGGGCCAGAUGACUGAUCAACUGGCUGACCUCAGAGCUAGAGGACAGGGUGCUACACCCAUGGCUAUGCAGAAAGCGCAGCAGGUGUCACAAGGUCUGGAUUUGCUCACUGCAAAAGUGGAGAAUGCAGCCCGCAAAUUGGAGGCCAUGACAAACUCUAAGCAGGCAAUUGCUAAGAAGAUUGAUGCUGCUCAGAAUUGGCUUGCGGAUCCUAAUGGGGGCAGUGAAGGAGAAGAACAUAUUCGGGGAAUUAUGGCUGAAGCAAGGAAAGUUGCAGAAUUAUGUGAGGAGCCUAAAGAAAGAGAUGAUAUCCUUCGUUCCUUGGGGGAAAUCUCUGCUUUGACAGCUAAGCUGUCAGAUCUGCGGCGACAUGGGAAAGGUGACUCUCCUGAGGCCCGUGCGUUGGCUAAGCAAAUAGCUACAUCACUUCAGAAUUUACAGUCCAAAACAAACAGGGCUGUAGCAAAUACUCGGCCAGUUAAAGCAGCUGUCCAUUUGGAGGGCAAGAUUGAGCAAGCUCAAAGGUGGAUAGACAAUCCUACAGUUGCUGAUCGAGGAGUAGGCCAGGCAGCAAUUCGGGGUCUGGUUGCAGAAGGUCGCCGUUUAGCCAAUGUCAUGAUGGGACCUUAUCGUCAAGACCUUCUUGCCAAAUGUGACCGUGUAGACCAGUUGGCUGCUCAGCUAGCUGACCUUGCAGCAAGAGGGGAGGGAGAAUCUCCUCAGGCCAGGGCAAUUGCUGCUCAGCUUCAGGACUCGCUGAAGGAUCUUAAAACACGGAUGCAAGAGGCAAUGACCCAAGAGGUUUCUGAUGUUUUUAGUGACACCACAACUCCUAUUAAAUUGUUAGCGGUAGCAGCCACUGCUCCUUCUGAUGCUCCCAAUAGAGAUGAGGUGUUUGAUGAAAGAGCAGCAAACUUUGAAAACCAUGCUGCUAGACUGGGAGCUACAGCAGAAAAAGCAGCUGCAGUUGGAACUGCAAAUAAAACUACUGUGGAGGGCAUUCAAGCAACAGUGAAAUCAGCAAGGGAACUUACCCCACAGGUAGUAUCAGCUGCUCGUAUCCUCCUGAGAAAUCCUGGAAAUCAAGCUGCUUAUGAACAUUUUGAGACUAUGAAAAACCAGUGGAUUGAUAAUGUAGAAAAAAUGACAGGGUUGGUGGAUGAAGCCAUUGAUACAAAAUCUCUGUUGGACGCAUCAGAAGAGGCUAUUAAGAAAGACCUUGAUAAAUGUAAAGUUGCGAUGGCCAACAUUCAACCUCAGAUGCUGGUAGCUGGUGCCACCAGCAUUGCUAGACGAGCAAACCGCAUCUUACUGGUAGCAAAACGGGAGGUUGAAAAUUCAGAAGACCCUAAAUUCCGUGAGGCUGUUAAAGCAGCCUCUGAUGAGCUAAGCAAAACUAUAUCGCCAAUGGUAAUGGAUGCUAAAGCUGUGGCAGGAAACAUUUCUGAUCCUGGUUUGCAGAAGAGUUUCUUGGAUUCUGGAUACAGAAUUCUGGGAGCUGUGGCGAAAGUCAGAGAAGCCUUCCAGCCUCAGGAACCAGAUUUUCCCCCUCCUCCUCCUGACCUUGAGCAGCUUCAUCUGACUGAUGAGCUUGCCCCUCCAAAACCACCACUUCCAGAAGGUGAGGUUCCCCCGCCCAGACCACCACCACCUGAAGAAAAGGAUGAAGAGUUCCCAGAGCAGAAAGCAGGAGAAGCUAUUAAUCAGCCCAUGAUGAUGGCUGCUAGGCAGUUGCAUGAUGAAGCCCGGAAAUGGUCUAGCAAGGGUAACGACAUCAUUGCUGCUGCUAAACGAAUGGCGCUGCUAAUGGCAGAGAUGUCGCGCCUGGUGAGAGGAGGCAGUGGAAACAAGCGUGCCCUUAUUCAGUGUGCAAAGGAUAUUGCUAAGGCAUCAGAUGAAGUCACUCGAUUGGCCAAAGAGGUGGCAAAGCAGUGCACCGACAAGCGCAUUAGAACAAACCUCUUGCAGGUCUGUGAGCGAAUCCCAACCAUCAGCACACAACUCAAAAUUCUUUCCACUGUCAAAGCUACCAUGCUGGGCAGAACUAAUAUCAGCGAUGAAGAGUCGGAACAGGCAACUGAGAUGUUGGUUCAUAAUGCCCAGAAUCUCAUGCAGUCUGUGAAGGAAACUGUGAGAGAAGCUGAAGCAGCAUCCAUUAAGAUAAGAACAGAUGCUGGAUUCACUCUUCGCUGGGUCAGAAAGACCCCAUGGUAUCAGUAAAUGCCACAUAAGUAUUGUUUUCUGUAACAUAAAAUGCCUUGUUUUGGAAACAGAUGAGAUUAACAGCAAAAGGUGCUGUAUACAUGAGCUUAAGAUUAGCUUAUGCUAAUGCCCCAUUCUAAGGGUAUGAAAUAUAAGAGAAUGCAUUUCAAAUGUCUUCGGAAAGCAUUUGAUAUCGAACACCUCAAAAUUGCUUCCGACAGUAGACAGUUCUUUUUUUUUUUGCUUUUGAAAAUUCUCUUCGUGAAAUCUGUACUCCCAGAAGCACAUUUCAUUUAUGCACUGUAUAUUCCAGUAGUUUCCAUGUGAUGAUAUAAAACGUGGACCUCACUUUAAGCUUGUGUUGAGAGUCUAGGACACUAUUGGUUACUUGGCAGUUUUUUAGGGACAAUCAUUGAUAUAGAAACAUUCAACUUUUCAACAGGAUUUUAGCUGGCUGUUCUCAAACCAUGCAGAAAUGACGGAAGGUGUAGGGUUUUUAAUUAAAAGGGGGAGGGGGGGCAGCAGAACAGUUGUAAAUUGACGAUUAAAAUUCCAUGUCCGAAAUGAUUUUUUUUUUUCUUUUGAUUUUUGCCUGGCAGCAGUACUCUAACAAAAACUGGAGCUGUCUUUGUCACCCUCCUGUCACCCUGUAGGUAGGCAUUCCAGAACUCUUGUACUGUACUGAAAUGCUUCGAGUGGGUGUAAGUGGCACACUGUUGACAGCUUGAGCCUUACGGCUGGAGACCUUAAAUCAUGGAACUCUUUCCUUCUUGCUCAAUUCAGUAAUGUAUUGAGCUGAAAAAUCCUGUUUCUCUUAAGCUAGCUGCAUGUCCAGGACCAGACAGUGCCACACGCUGACUCCUUCCUUUUGAAAACCAAAUGAGCACACGCAAUUAUUCUUUUUUUUCCUCUUCCCUCCAUCUGAUGUUAUUCCAGCCACUCAAGGUGGAAAUUAAAAGAUAAAGAUACUCAAUUAAAAAAGACCUUUUGCCUCACUGCCCUUGUUUCCAGCAAUGCAUAAGCUUUUUGAAACCCAAGCACUGCAGGGCCAUGAAACCCUUUUUAGGUAGUCUGAUGGCUUCCAGCAAACGGUGGUUCCUAAUGCUAAACAUCCUAGGAUAUUUUUAUUGGUUUUGACAUUUGGUGUUUGGAGGCUCAGAAUCUUUUUUUCGAGUUCUAGUAAUAGUGAAUUGAACAAAGCGUUACUGUAUCUUUAAAAAAAAACCCAAACAAAACCACAACAAUAAAACCCCACAAAAUCCCCCCCACUCUAUUACUAAAAUAGACUUGGGAUGCUUUUAUCCUUCCAUAAUUGAACAUACACCCACCCCCCCACCCCCCCUUCAUUUAAUUGCUCCAUAGUCUCUUUCGGCAUUUGACAGAAAGGAGAAUUACUGGCUUAGAAUGAGUCUCUGUACAUUUGCAAGGAACACUUGCAGACCUCUGCCCAGAUCAGCACUGACCUCACGACGCCCUCUUAAUUUGCUGAAAAUUGUUGCCCGAUCAAACCACCUUUCAUAGAAGUGCCCUCGUGGAAAAACUGCUCAGUCUUGACAGCUCAGAGAGACGCACCAUAUAGUCAGCUGUCCUUUACCUGUCUGCAACAGUUAUUCUACAGUUGGACUUUCUCCCCUCCACCCCCCUUCAUUGCACUGUUAUCUAAAAAGGGAAGUUAAACUGAUUAUAGUACAUCUGCCUCAGACUGACCUUAGCAAGAAGAAAGCACGCGUUCAUCUUUAAUUCACUCCUUGUCUCUGGGUAUUAUGAAAUACGUGGUACUUAGGAUCUUUCCUUAGUAUUCUCUUCCUGCGAUUACCUGCAACGGGAAGAGGAAGGAAGGGGUGCCAGAGCCUUAACCUGAAUGUCUUGCAUUUGGUUGGUUUAUACCAGAUCUUUAACGUAAUUGUAAUGUAGUAAUUUCUAUUUAAUAGUAAAUAACACUGAAUAGGUAGGGGUUAUUUUUAAGGGAUUUUCUAAAUAGUCUUCCUGAAUUACUUUUCAAUGCUCCUCACGUUUCCUCUCCCCCCCGCCCCCCAAUUCAGGCUUCUCUGAGAUUUAUUUUUUUUUUUUAGCAUCACUGUUUAGUUGCUUGACUGAUAUUAAUGCAAUAUUACUAAUGCCUUUAAUAACAUAAUUGUUUAUGCCAAAGAUCACUUUUUGUUUAUUGAGGAAUGUUUGCAGGAAAGUUACGAAUCAUGGUUGCCUUUGACAUUCUUCCAGAAUGUUUGCUAUAAGUUCUUGAACUGUUUUGUAGAAGCGAAGAUACUUGUCCACCUUAUGCAAUUACUGCUUUUUUGAACACUAUUAAUAGUCUUCGGACCUGAAAUGCAGCAAAAAUUUGAAAAAGACCAUGAAUGUCACUUAGAAAUGUUUUACCACUAUAAAACUUUGUUUAUAAACCAAAAUGUAUUGUAUAGUCUAAUGUUUUCAACCUUUCUUUGUUCUGUUAAAACAAUAAAAAUGCAUUUGUACAAAUGUCA